CCCGACUCCCUCCCCUACACCACCGCCGCCAGCGAAUUCAUCUACGGCUACGCCUCCGUGCUCGCCGCCAUCCGCGCCAACCGCCGGCAAUUCUACAAACUCUACGUCAACAGCCGGGGCCUGAACCGGGACAUCCUCCUCGCGCGCGCCAAAGCCUCGAAUCUGCGCCAGAUAACACGCGAAGUAGGGGACCAAUAUGACCGCGCUUUCGACAAAGCAUCCUCCGGCCGCCCACACAACGGCUUCGUCCUCGAAGCCUCGCCGCUGCCUGUCCCACCCAUCGCCGAACUGAAAGAGUGCUCGCGGGAAGAGGGCAAGUUCGACGUCGUACUCGGCCAUCAGACCAAAGAAGAAGUCGCCGUAAAUGGCUCCCGCACCUCCUACGCCUACAAAUCCUCGUCGUGGCGCUACCCACUGAUCCUCUACCUCGACGGCGUACUAGACGAAGGAAAUCUCGGCGCCAUCGCACGGAGCGCCUACUUUCUCGGCGUUGAGGCUAUUGUUACACCGACGAGACAGAGUGCACCGUGGAGCCAUAUCGCGGUCAAAGCGAGUGCCGGGGCCGCGGAGGCGAUUCCUAUUUUCAAGGUUGCGGAGCCGAGUGAGUUUUUGGGCAAGGCGAGCAGGAAUGGGUGGCGAUGCUAUGCAGCCGAUGCGAUACCGACAGCGAAGGGCGCGGAGAAGGGCGCGGAGAAGGGCGCGGAGAAGGACGCAGAAGCUGGGAACACGUCUGACAUCGUCUACACUCUGGCAAGGUCUUCAAAACGGUUGACGGAGCACAGUCCGGUUGCGGAGCAUCCUACGAUAUUGAUGAUGGGCGCUGAAGGCACAGGGCUCAAGUCCAGCUUGCUCAACAUUGCGCAUUACAAGGUCGGCAUCAAGCACGGACGGGAGGUUGACGAAGUUGGCGUGGACAGUCUUAACGUGAGUGUGGCGGCGAGCUUGCUGUGUCACGACAUGUUGAAGCGC